AUGAACACAUAUUUAACCAUAUUUAAACUUUUAAUAGACAACAACGGUCCAUACGCACGCCUCAAACGAGAUCCAACAGAAACUAUCAAGCGUGACGCAAGGAAUAUCUUGAUACGUUUAAAUAAAGACGACAUUAUUGAUGAUAGGUUGUAUUACAAACUUAGACCUUCAGACACUUCACCGCCUCGAUUCUACGGUCUUCCUAAAAUACAUAAACCUGGAAUUCCUAUACGCCCAAUCGUGUCGUGUACAGGAUCGCCUUUGCAUAAUUUAUCGAAAUACCUAGCUUCCAUUCUUAGCAAUUACACAAAGGGUGAUCACUGUAAAAAUUCGAAAGAGUUUUCGAAAUUUAUCAGAAACAUACGGAUCGAGGACGACGAGUGUAUGGUAUCAUUUGACGUUACUUCACUAUACACAAAUGUACCGAUAAAGGACACAUUAUAUAUCAUCAUGGAAUUACUGCUAAAUGAUGAUGAGUAUGAGAACAAAACGUGCAUCCCUAUUGACAAACUGAUGUCCUUGGUCCAAAUUGUACUUACAAAAACAUGGUAUUUAUUUGACGGUAACUUCUUUACGCAAACUGACGGUGUGGCUAUGGGUGGCCCAACAUCCUCUGUGGUAGCUGAAAUAUAUAUGCAGGCUCAUGAGACUACAGCUUUAACAACUGCAGAUCACGCUGCAAAAGUUUGGAAAAGAUUUGUGGAUGACGUCUUUUUAAUAACAAAAAGAGCAUAUCUAGACGCAUUUUAUAAACAUAUCAAUAAUUUGCACCCGAAGAUUCAAUUUACAAUUGAACACGAGAAGAACGGUACGCCUCCUUUCUUAGACACUCUAGUUUCUCGCAACGGUGGUGACUUAUCAGUGUCAGUAUACCGCAAACCAACUCAUACUGAUAAAUAUCUUAACUACACAUCUAAUCACCAAAUGUCUUGCAAAGAAAGUGUAGUGUUCUCAUUACUGGACAGAGCAGUCAAUGUAGUCAAAGGAGAGAAUGACCGAAAGAUAGAGUUAUCUCCUAUAAACAACGCCUUACUUGCAAAUGGGUACUCGAGACAGACUAUUAAAAAGGUUGAGAGGAAAAUCGGGAACAGGACUGAUAAGAGCAGUGACGGGGAAGAUGCGGAAAAUGAACCAGUAGCCUCUGUGUGUAUGCCAUAUAUACCAGGGACAAGUAACAUACUUCGUCGGGUAUUGAAAGAUCAUAGAAUAAAGCCAGUGUUUCAAUUUAAAAACACGCUACGUAGUAUACUGUCGCAUCCGAAAGACAAGUCUAGAGAAUAA